UAUUGACUAUUUUUGGGUUAACUCCCAACUCUCUUAAGCAAUGAAAAAGUACUAAAUAACCCCUUCCCCACGCACUUCACCAACCACAUAUAUAAAUCAAUUAAGGCCCGUAAAUUAAACCAAGCAGAACAAACUGUAUUCGUACCUGUAACCGCUAUGAACGACGAUCAAGUCCCAUCGUUAGACAUAAACAAGUUAAAGGUUUUAACGCCGUUAGGGCGAGGUGCUAAAGGAGUAGUAUUCUUGGUGCAAAACGACGGAGAAUUGCUCGCGUUGAAGGUCAUUUCCAGGGCUUCUAUUAAGAAAAAAGCCAAGAACAAUGACAGCGACGGUAGUGAGUACAAGCGAAUCAUGUUCGAGCAGGAGGUUUUGCGACGGUUUCAACACCCGUUGCUACCGAAACUUCGCGGCCUGUUAUCAACGGAGCAUGUUGUUGGAUACGCCAUUGAUUAUUGUCCAGGACGUGAUCUCAAUUUUCUACGUAAGAAACAGACCGAGAAAAUGUUCUCCAAUGACUUCAUCAGGUUUUACGCGGCGGAAUUGGUGCUUGCGCUAGAAUAUCUUCACGGAUUAGGUAUUGUUUACCGAGAUUUAAAGCCGGAAAACGUUAUGAUUCAAGAAAACGGACACCUAAUGCUUGUUGAUUUCGAUCUCUCAACAAAACUAUCACCAAAGGUUGAGUCCAUAUCACCAUCAGCGAAAACGACACCGUAUCCGUUACCAAAGAAGAAUAAGCGAGUUUCAAAGUUGUACAACUGUUGCUACUCUCCUAUCUCGGCGGAUGACUCGGUACAUCCCGCCGAGUCUGUCAACUCAGAACCGAGUUGCGAGACUCGGUCACUAACAAAAUCAAACUCGUUUGUUGGAACAGAGGAGUACGUGGCACCUGAGAUGAUACAAGGCAACGGUCACGAUUUCGCGGUGGACUGGUGGUGUUUGGGUGUCGUUUUGCAUGAAAUGCUUUACGGUACGACGCCGUUUCGUGGAUUGGAUAGGAAGGAGACGUUUUACCGGAUUUUAUCAAAACCGGCGGAUCUCGUCGGAGAACCGACGCCGUUAAGAGAUUUGAUCAGAAAAUUGCUGGAGAAGGAUCCGAAACAGAGAAUAACGGUAGCGGAAAUCAAGGGCCACGAUUUCUUCAAAGGGGUUGACUGGGGACACGUGGUUCAAAUCUCGAGGCCACCUUUUGUUCCUGGACGGUUCGAUGAGGAGUGUACAGAGUUGAAUAAAAAAAUUGAUAUAGAAGAUUUUGUCCAUGAGGUGUUUAAGGUGGAUGAUGUAAGCGGUGACGUCAUUGGACAAGGAAAAUGACCAAAAUGGAUCCUAAAGAACUUUUUGGUUUUUGAAUUUGACUUGAUUUAUUUGAUUUUUUAAUUCAAAAUGCUACUCUAUUCAUUUAAUAUACAGACGGGAAUAUUGUCAAGUGUAUUUUUAAUUGGGGACAAAUGUACAAGUAAUAAUGCAGUUACUGUU